UGUACCAGCACCCAGUUUUGUUUGAAUUUUACCGUUAGGAUAGACUAGCAAUAAACAUAUCUUGCAUAAACCAUAUUUUUUGACCAAAUUUUUUUCUCUCAAUGGUGUGAAGUGUGAACUUCCGAGUCGCAGUCGCAGCUAGCUACUAUCCUACUGUUGUUAUUAUUCAUCAAAAUGUUGUUUCUCUUACUUUCUUCAAGGAAAACCCUAAAUUUAACCAGGUGUGUUCUGUCCAAAUUUCUUCUUUCUUUUUCUUCUCACUCUCAAUUCAAUUCCAAUCAUCUUGAUGUUACUCACGCCGUUUCCUCAUUCAAUUUCAUGCUCCAAAUGCCCCAUACUCCAUGCAUUAUAGAAUUUACCAAGAUUUUAGGUUCCCUUGUUAAGAUCAACCAUUAUCACACUGCAAUUUCUCUUUUUCCUCAGUUGGAAUUCAAUGGAAUCAUGCCAAGUAUCGUUACUUUCAACACUAUGAUUAAUUGUUAUUGUCACACUAGUCAAAUGGCAUUUGCAUUUUCUCUAUUAGGAAAAAUUCUCAAGAUAGGCUAUCACCCCAAUGCCAUAACCUUGACAACGCUCAUCAAAGGAAUGUGUCUUAGCGGUAAGGUGAAGGAUGCUCUGCACUUUCACGACCAUGUCGUUGCACGAGGGUUUCAGUUGGAUCAAGUUAGUUAUGGAACAUUGAUCAAUGGUUUGUGUAAAAUUGGGGAAACAAGAGCCGCCUUGCAGCUGUUGCGACGAAUUGAAGGGAAAUUGGUCAUCGGAGAUGUGGUAAUGUAUACGACAAUCAUGGAUAGUUUGUGUAAAGAUAAAUUUGUAAAUGUUGCCUAUGAGUUAUACUCUGAAAUGAUUGCGAAGAAAAUUUCUCCAAGUGUUGUUACUUUCAGAACUCUAAUUUAUGGGUUUUGCAUUGUUGGUCAAUUGCAAGAAGCAUUUAGCUUGUUUCAUGAAAUGGUAUUGAAAAAUUUCAACCGCAAUGUUUAUGUUUUUAAUAUAUUGGUUGAUGCAUUCUGCAAAGGAGGGGAAAUGAAAAAAGCUAUGAAUGUGUUGGCUAUGAUGAUGAAAGAUGGUGUUAAACCUGAUGUUGUUACUUAUAGUUCUUUAAUGGAUGGGUAUUGCUUAGUUAAUCAAGUGAACAAGGCCGUAAAUAUUUUCAACACUAUGGUCGACAAGGGAGUGGUGCCGAAUGUUCGGAGCUACAAUAUCAUUAUCAAUGGAUUGUGCAAGAAUAAAAUGGUGGAUGAGGCUAUUAACCUCUUUAAAGAAAUGCAUAGUAAGAAGAUUAUGUCUGACGUAGUAACUUACCAUACUCUCAUUGAUGGUUUGUUUAAAUCGGGAAAAAUCUCUUAUGCUUGGGAGCUUGUUGACGAGAUGUAUAGUAUAGGUCAACCAGCUGAUGUUAUCACUUACAAUUCUUUAGUACAUGCUUUAUGCAAAAAUCAUUAUCUUGACGAGGCAAUUGCAUUGGUUAACAAAAUUGUAGGUCAAGGUGUUCAGCCAAAUAUCCGCACAUACAAUAUACUAAUUGAUGGACUUUGCAAAGGUGGAAGACUAAAGAAUGCUCAAGUGAUUUUUAAGGAUCUUAUGGCUAAAGGCUAUCAUCUAACUGAUUGGACGCAUAACAUUAUGAUAAAUGGGCUUUGUAAGGAGGGCUUGUUUGAUGAAGCACUUGUCUUGUUGUCAACAAUGGAAGAGAAUGGUUGCACUCCAAAUGGAGUAAGUUAUGAAACAAUUAUCCAUUCUCUCUUUAAAAAAAAUGAGAGAGAAAAGGCCGAGAAACUUCUACAUGAAAUGAUUGCUAAAGGUCUGCUAUAAAAGUAAAAUUUGCCAAGUCAGGCUACCAUGUUUGGGAUACUGAAGAUCGUAGUCUGAGCAUGUCACGAGUCAGUGAAUGUAAAAUGAAGAUAAGUUCUGUGGUAUGUUAAAAAUAUUUCUCCAUACAUUCAAAUAUUAUCAAAGAAUGAGGGGAAAAAUGUGUCAGGAUAUCAUUAGUGUUCUGUGAUUGUAAGAAAGCAAUGUUGUGAUUUAGAAGGAAAAAAUCUAGAGUUCUGUGGUUUGGAAGAAAACAAUGUUAUGUUUUAAAAAAUUGUGAUUGUAAGUUAUUUAAAAUUUUGAGUUCAGUAUGAAUAAACCCAAACAAGGAAUUUAACCUGUAAGAAACUCUAUCUUUGAUAUGAAAAAGAGACAGAGUUGGACUCAUUUUGUUGCAACUUUAUUGAGAUUCGGAGUUGAAGUUACAUAGAUUUGGAGUUUAUUCAGAUUUGCAAAUGGAUUCCUCACCAUUUGUAUAGAUUAAACUUCGAUAUUAUCCUGUGUGAUUCAAAAGAUUGAACCGUCAUCUCAACCACUGCGACAAAAGAAGGGUGGUCAGUCUUGAGUAUCUCAUCCGUCGACGACGAUGACGGAUGUGCUUGCUGCACUAAUAUGCCCCUUCAAAACUGCAAUGAUGUGAGAAUCAUGCUCUCAAUAUUUGGUCACUAUUGUACAAAGUACCCGAUUGAAUUAGACACUAUUUUGGUCAGAUCUAUUUGUGCUAUCUAUUCAAACUUGAUUCAUUCUAAAACAUUUGAUGAAAUCGAAGUACAUGGUUGAAGUGUUUAUUUUU